AUGGUACAAGCUGAGGACCUUAUUCCUCCGAAUGAUGCACUAAAGAUUGACGCUUUAAGUGAAGAUUUCAACAACGAUGAUGAAGAGAUGCAUGGAGAGUUGACUGGUAACGAGCUAAUGAUAGUCCAGCGCGACGAUCUUCUGGGAGAUGAACUAUAUGAGAUGCAACUAAACAAGGGAGAAUCACCUGUUGGGACGAAGCUGUUCGUAGAGCGUCGCCAAGAAUCCGAGCAAUUGUUGCAAAAGAUACUGGUGGUAGUCGAGUAA